UAUGUUGUCAUCAAGGAUUACGAGCGAAUAUGUCUAAACGCGACUUUUAAGAGCAAGCAAUUGAGGAAACGUUUUCCAAUCAUAAACCUUCGUUUGACAGCUCAAUCUUCAAGCUAAAUUUUACCAUGUAGUGUACAGAACUAUCAUGGAAAGUAUAGAGUUGUUUGCAGUUGAAAUUUACGGGGAUGGAUGUUUUUAUCCGGGAGAUGUUGUGUACGGCGACGUAUAUUUGAAGACAAAUGAAGAACUGACGGUCAGAGAAAUUCGCAUCGAGUUUUAUGGGGAAGCAAAGGUUUCAUGGUCCGAGGCGGCGAGAAAGAAGCGACUUGGAACGCGUGAUUACUCGAAUUACGAGCAGUAUUUAAACAUUGCAGUAACAGUUUAUGGAAAGGUUCCGGGUCAAAUCGGCGCAAAUCCAGUCUUGCCCAGUGGGGAGCAUUCCUUUCCAUUCGAGGUUCGGCUCCCAGAAGACAACCUUCCCACCACAUUUGAAGGAAAACAUGGCCACGUGAAAUACUGGCUCAAGGCCAUUCUUGAUCGGCCGUGGAAAGAUGAGAUUAAGAUCGUAGAACCGUUCACCGUCACGGAGAGGAUUGAUGUUAAUCAGCCGGAGUUUCUCCGCCCAGCUCAAAUCCAGGAAGACCGGACAAUGGGUUGCCUGUGCUGUGUCUCUGGGCCACUGAGUGUCACAGUCAGGACAGACAGAGCAGCCUAUUGUGGAGGUGAACUUAUGACAGUGACAGUGUACGCUAACAACCAGUCGAAACACAGGAUUCUUGGAGUGGAAUUAGAGCUCAUUAAGGACACUGUAUUCGUCGCAUCUGGAGGUAAAAAGGUUUUCAGUGCUGAAACUAUCGCAACUAUCACAAAAGCUUGUAAUAAGACCUCGAACACAGACGGACAUGACUUCUUUGAGAUGGUGCCAUUUCUCAUCCCAUCCUUAACGCCAACUAUGAAGAACUGCAGGUGUAUAAAGAUUUCGUACCAGAUGAAGUCCACUCUGCUGAUACGAGGAUCCGUAAACUUCUGUGUCCAUUUACCAAUCACCAUCGGCUCCAUUCCCUGCCAAGUGAGUACAUCUCGCAGACCAUCCCAAAAAGGCUCCAACUCUUCGAUAUCAUCAGGCGUCACGUUCAUGGGAUUCCCGUCUACGUCUAUGGAACACUCUGACGCCCCACCAUCUUAUGCUGAAAGCAUCAGAGGUCAGACGAGAAGAUAUGAUGCAGUGUAUUACAACAAGGGAGAGGAAUUUAAUUCACUCAAUUCACCGCAGUUCUCUGCGGAUACUAAGAAGACAUCCUAAUUUUCUCUUUGGUUAAAAAGUUUCAACAAUAUUAGGAGGGAUCAAGAGAAGAUAGAAGCACUUGUUGGUUUUCGUGACCAGAAUAUGUACGAGUUCGAGUUUAUGUACAUAUACGCAAGACGAACUAUAGCUUUGAAGACUCAUUCACGCCGAGAUGCCGCUUUUAACUAUUCAAGGAAAAAUUUUGAUAACACUCCGGCGUAAGAAAUCUAAAUAUCCUUAAUUCAAAGGAAACCGUAUGCCGUGUGAAAAUUUGGCCAAAACGU